GAAAUAUAUUUCUGAUCCUUUUGCCUGAUGUAGUCAUUGUAAUGCCACUUGCAGCAUACUUUUCAAGAGGCCUACAAUGGAAAAGAUGCGUGAUCACUACGAGAGCCGAAGGGAAUCAAUCCUGACGCGUCCGUACUCGUAAGGUGAAAAUGGCGAGAUACGGUGCACGUCCCCCGGUUCGUCACUUGCAUCAAUUUACUCUAAGGAUUAAUGUCGCCUUGACCUACCUUCUCGCUCCUCAGCUCGGCCCUGUAAGGUCAUGCAGACGCUUCAUCCUUUCUUCCUUCCUCGCUGCCCGCUACGGGCCACGAGUGUCCACUUCAUACCUCAUCCUUCUUAUUCCCACCUUCUUACCACCUCUCCUGCCAUCGAAGACUACCUCAGUCUGAGAGAAAUCGAAGGCAUUUCAGACCCCAAAGAAGAUUCGCUUAUAAGUAAGAGGUCAUUGCGAUAUUAUUUCCAAAGCGUCAUUACUUUUUUGUAGGGUGCGCCCUCUUCAGAUUUGCUGACCUGGCCGUGUCUCGGCCCAAGACGCGAUCAUCCUUUUAGUAGACAUCAAUCACCGCAAGCAAGGUUUCCCUACGCUUAUCGCUUAGCUCAAAUCAGCGCGCCUGAGCGGCCCACAGGUGGCGUGCUGUUGAACCAACUCCUCUCUUUCUCCCUCGCCUUCCUUAUCUCGCAGUCCUUAGAUACCGCUUUGAACCGAUUUCAGUUCCUUCCUUCCUACCAACCUCUUCUUCUCUUUCUUUUACUUGCCAUCAUGGCCACUUUGUCAGACGCUCCUGCUCGCAUGCUGUCGUCCAUCACAGAGCUCACCGCCCCAAACUCUUUUCACACCCUUGCUCUUCCCCCUGGUGAUGCAGGUGCCGAGCAAGAUGGAAGCAGGAAUAAAAGUACUGUGAACAAAGACUCGGAAGAUAUCGUACGGCAAUCUCGGCCUCCCAAGUCGUUUCCGCAAGUCGAUGGCAGUGUGCAAUCCUCAGCAGUGAGCGUUUGCUCUCAUUUAACUGAAUCCCGCAGUCAGAUCCCCCAACCUGCUUCUCCAUCAAGCAAUCAACGCUCUUUUAUACCCAUUCGAAAGCUUCUUGGUGACGUUAUCAGUCCUACCACUGCUUCCUGUACCACGUUUUCUUCCCUCAAAGCCUCUUCUCCUGGAGGUCUCCUUCCUCCCCCUCGUUCAGUCUAUUCUAGUAAACCAAAACUCGUCAAAAGCAUCGCUCCACCAUCUAGCCCAUCGCCUUAUGGUGUCAUCAGCGACGAGGCCAGGCGGAGAUACCUCGAGAGGUACUACCCUCACAGCAAGCAAGCCAAGGCCCUCGGGGAGCAGGAGAUUAAAGAAAAGGAAAGUACGGAAAAAGCCACAAAAGUCAAGGAAAUGAGAGAUAAGCAGAUUGAGAAGAUGCUUAAGGACAAAAAAAUGAAGGUCAAAUUUGGUGACCAGCAAGCACAAGGGCAGUCUAAUCCCACUUCAGGUAUAGAUCUUACCGUUAAUGCGCCCUACGUCGAUACCAAUGAAAAGGCUGCGAGGCAGCGGACCAUUAAUACAUCUAACCGCUCUUAUUUUGUCAGCCCCCCUAAUUCAAGGCCACAUUCACAUGCGAGCAGAUCUUCUUUGGAUACCAACUCUCAUAGGUCUGCUGCAGCCUCUCCUGGAGUUCUCCAUCCGACUUUGCACAAUAUACCUAUCCUUACCGACGAUAUGAAGUUCGACACCAAAUUGGUUAAGGAGGAUGUAUUACCCACUAGGCGCCGCCACAGUCUCAUCAAACGUCGUCCGCAUAGCUUCCACGUUCAUCGUCCUACCCCACAAAAGAUGGCAAGUUAUAAUGGCGCACCAAGUCAGAAAGGGAUCCCAACUGUGGUGACUGUUACAUCAAAUGUAUCCGAACAAGAUCAGAAUAAGCAUUCCGAUGCUCAACCUUUCGAUUCUUUGCUGGUCCCGGAAAAGGAUAUUUUGCACCCCGCCUGUCCCAGCUCGACACCUGGCUCAGCUCAGUCAUAUCCCUCCCGUUCAUCUAGCAUCAAGACUUCUGGGGAUACUAAGAACAUCGUUACUCUCACUAGAGUCUCGAGCAUUCUUUCCUCUAUUUUUGGUAGCAAUAAUUCGGACAACUCGCCAGACUCCAGAAGUUCCAUGAAAGAACGACUUGCUAUCCGAAGGCUGUCCAAAAGAGUUCAAAAGCAGGGAAAUUCGAGUGCGAAAUCUUCCCAGGGCUCCACACCAUGCCAGUCUCCUGGUUCGAGGUCACCGCUCACAUUGCUGGGGGAGCUCAGGCCAGAAGAGCCUACUGAAGAGAUUACCAAACCUGUUCAAGUCUUUCGAACCUCUGGUAUCUUUGGAAUAAGGGACGACGGUUCAGAAGACUAUGACGCUCAGGAGCACGAGCAAGCUCAUGCUUUCAGUUCUACUGGUUUCAAGAGCAUUCCUGAGCGAGCGGGCUCUCCGCAUACUCAGUCGGAUGGCGUAAGAAGGAUCCUUUACGUGGAGAAUCAUGUGGAGGAACAGGACGACAGAUACAAGGAUAACGGUCAGGAGAAGGCUGAAGAAGUAUUAUUUCGCACGCCGCUUGGACCUGAGGGCCCUGUUGAGAGCCAGCCUGAGGGUGAUGCGACGGCCAAUGGGCCAUCCCCACAGACACUGACGACUGAUGACGUGUUGGGGUCAAGCCACGAUGCUUCCUUUUCGCCAUCUGUUGCACAUCAUGCAUCGUCUUCCAGUCACUCAUCCACUGUGAAUGGCUAUGAUAGAUCUUUCUCCCUGCAGCAUGUCCUUGUCACAACCAGCCCCGACCGACGUCAUUCAGCUACUCACACUACGCCGGGUAUGUUUGACGAAAGCAUUCCAACUUCCCUGCCACCGUCCCCAGCUCUCUCGCCCCAUCCUUCUUCGGAAACCCCAGCGUUUCAGACUCUGGCUUCUGUCCAGCCUCAAAUCCCUAUCCCCGCUUCUUCCUCCGGCUCUCCCACUUUUGCCCAGGACAGCAUCAUUCUCGCCAUUGCAAGCCACCUACUUUCUGCCCACGCAAAGGCCCUACUCAAAUAUUCAUCCACGAUCAAGGACACGGGCGAAGCUAUGCAUAAGAUGGCCGAAGAGAGUUUGGAGUGGGGAAAUGUGUUGAUGAGAUUAGCUGGGAAGGUAGAGAACGAAGAUACAACUAGCCGAGAAAGAGAUAACAAUUUGGAAGGUCUGCACCGUAGUGGGACGCCUUUAAUGUUUGACGGCCACAGAAGAUCUACUUCGGUUUACUCUCAUGGGAAGCCAACAACCAAAGAAGUUCGCGAUGAUCACAUGCGUGCAGCCGGUCUUUCCACACGACCUUACGGAAAUGACCCAUCACAAGAUAGGAAACGUAGAGGAGUGUCUCUUCCGACCAGUAUGCUGAGCGAACUACACGAAUUGGGAGCCCUUGGCUUGAUGAAUGUGCACAAGGCUGAAGAAACUUGGAGAAAUGCGAUCGAUCAUCUUGCGGAAGUUAUGGAAAAAGGGCAAGGUGCCCAAAAGGGGCAAGAGGUCCCUGAUGACAGACAGACGACAGCUGUUACCAACGGAUUGAGCGCCAAUGCUACCACCGGUUCUGGUAGUGAGAUGGUUGAACCAUCACCUGCCAUUGCUUCCUCCUAUCCCGGCAUCCACUAUGAUGCAAUCCACCAACAAAAUUCCUUUUAUGGACACCCCCUGGACCCUUAUUCGACCUUGAGGCAGCGAGAGGUUAAAGCUACUAUGGAGCACCCUUCCGUUCAUGCGUAUGCUGCUCCUGAGAAUUGGGCAGUCGCGCCUGCUUCUCCCACUGUUCCUCAAGUUGCUGAUCCCGGGAAUAUUAAUGAGCAACUGCAACUUCAAUCUCCCUCUCACCAUGCACCCAUUUUCCAUGAGCUAUCAAGCGAUAUCAAAUUUGCUGAAGUGAUCAACAACAAGCAAUCAGGGAGUAACAUCACUGCUGCGAGUGGUACAGCCCUAGGUCGAGGAGGCAUGUGGGGAAAGGCCGUUGCCGGGAGCAAGGUCGAAGGAAGGAAACUGAAGAAAGUCCAGGAGCAAGGAUCAGGUUUUUCAGAGAAUGGUACAUUGAACAAAAAGAAGCAUUGGUGGUCUAGAAGGAGUAGUAUCAUUUCUUAAAAGAUUAAACGAGGUCAAACUCCAUGUCCCAUUUAUUCAGUCUCACUGCUCACUUAUCUAAUUAUAGAGUUGUACCAGUACAGUAUUUUGUCUUUUUACAGACAUUCAUUUUAAAGCGAGACAUAGAGAAUUACAAUUACAUAGAGAGUACAUAUGAUGAUUAGUGACAUGUUGGUACAACAUUGAUAUUAUGUUUAUACGUAUACC